AACUUUGACUUUUUUUAUCCAUUUUUAAAUAUUUUAAAUAAAUAAAGUUAUCAACUACUCAUAUUGUUUCUACGUUCGAGUACUUAUCGAUCUCUGUUUUCUGAUAACUCGCACUGAAACUACUGCCGUGUUUAUUAAAUAAAAUAAACAAUGUGGGGACGCGCAAGUAUGGCAGCAGUGCUAAUUGUAUGGGCUUCAGUCUUCGCCCGUUGCCAAGGGACCGAGAUUGAGUCACGUCCAACCGAGACGGAGGUGGAGUCAAUGGUAUCGCGUGCCACCACGUGGCUCUGGUACCAGAGGGAUCAAGACGCUGGAUGGUUCAAUAACACCCACUGGGUUCUUUUAGCUCUUCGAUUAGCCAAUUUAUCCCGCGCUGACAAUAAUCCCUCGUCUGUGUCUGUUGAGCUGCAGCUCAGUAACAAACAAUUGGAGUUGGAAAUAGUUGUUUUGCUUUGGAGGUACAAAAACAAUAUGUCUAUGCACAGAGAAAUAGGAUUUUCAGAGACAAAUUUGGCGCGUUAUACUCUUGCCUUAAGCGCUUUGUGUAUGGACCCGCGACAGUUCCACGGUCACGAUUUGAUUGGAACUCUUCAGCAUCACGAACCGCCUGUAGAUUACGAUUUUGCGCUGACAACUUUAGCAGCUUGCAGUGCACAGGCUCACAUCAGAAAACGACAAAUCAGAAGACUCUUAGAUAUAACGAACGCCGUUCAGUAUCACAAUAUUGACACAAUAGCGAUGGUGGUUCUGGCCCUGAGAUGCAUUAUCCAGGAUCACAGACACCGGAAUCUUGGUCACUUUGUCCGUAAACCCGCGAUGAGUUUAACAAAACGUCAGAGAGUCGAUGGAAGCUUUGGAGAUUUGCGUACGACUGCUCUGGCAAUGCAGGCGCUCAAACAAGUGGAAAAUGAACCUUUGGAUAAUUGGAACAGAUCCUCAGCAUUGUCGUGGCUGAUAACCCGCCAGCAGGCUGACGGUUCUUUUGAUCAAGAUGUUUAUUUAACUGCCCAAAUUAUUCUCGGAAUAAUUCCCAAGAGUCUUAUCAACAUCAGAAGCUUAAACUGCCGGCUAAGUAAUAACACACUUCCGGGUCUUACUCCCAACAAUAAUUUCAACGACAAUUUGAUAUCAUCGAGUACAACAAAAAAUGUCGAAACCAACACAAGUGCUUACGGAUCUACGGCUUCAAAACUCCCGACCCAAACAACGUCACCCCAUCAUCAGCUAGUCAAUGUCUCGUAUACUCUAUGGGUCGGAACCAAUGAAACUUAUCAUCUGACAGUGACUGCUCCUAAAAAUGAAACAUUCUACGGCGUAAUGUUACUUGCCGCUGAAAUAUCACCUCAUUUUCAAUUUUCAGCUUCCGAAUGGCCAAAUGGCCAUUACGUUCACACACUCGCUGGCUAUAAAGAAGAACCCAUGUCAUAUCAUUACUGGCUACUUUACAGACUCACAUCCCCGCCGGACUUGUCUUCUCCACCGGGUAAUCAACUCGUCGCUCCUGGAGGUGUGGACGAUCUGGAAAUCAGCGAGGGCGAGUAUUAUCUCUUUUGGUAUAAAAAACUUUAAGGAGAAGAUCUAGACAUAUAUCAAGCAUCAAUCACAUAUAAGUAAAGUUUAUCAACAGCAAGAUAAUCUUGCGACUGUAGUGUAUACAGUAUAAAAUGUCUAAAAAUUCAAUUUGAUAUUAGUUUAAUUAAAUAAUGAAUAAUUACAAUACAAUAACUAUCGAGUAAUAAUUAAACAUUAGUGUGUACGAAUAAAAAUUAUAAUUGUCGCGCGGAUAAGUUUAAAAAAAUAAGUAAAUACUACAUUUUGUAACAGACAAAAAGCCUAAAUGCACAACCUAUAUAAAUAUAAAUAUAUCAUAUAUUUAAUAUCAUUUUACUUAUUAAAAAAAACUAUUUAUAAUAAAUGAAAUGAAAAAAUAAAUUUAUCAAGCAAAAUAUAUACGUCAUUUCUAUGCUUUUAAAUUUAAAAAUAUUUAAUAGAUAUAUUUGUUUACAAUUUAUAUAUUUUAUAGAGUUAUUAAACUGAAUUGCUUAUUAGCUGGUAAUUAAUUUUUGUAUCCCGUGAU